AAAUCAUCUGAAAAUGGGUUCGAUUAAAACACCGUUAUUGGAGAAUGGUGGAGAAGAAGAAAUAAAGAAGAACGGAUGGAGGAAGGUGGUGGAUGUGGAGGAAGCGAAGCAGCAGGUUAGCUUCUCCGUCCCAAUGAUCCUUACAAGCGUUUCAUACUAUUGCAUCACCUUGAUCUCCGUCAUGUUCGCUGGCCAUCUUGGGGACCUUGAGCUCGCUGCUUCCACCCUCGCUAACUCCUGGGCUAUGGUCACCGGUUUCGCUCUCAUGACUGGUUUAAGUGGGGCACUUGAGACACUCUGUGGACAAGGUUAUGGAGCAAAGCUAUACAAAAUGAUGGGAAUUUAUCUACAAUCUUCAAUCAUAAUAACUUUCUUCUUCUCUGUGAUGGUAUCUGUUUUAUGGUUCUAUUCAGAACCCAUACUGAUUUUGCUUCAUCAAGAACCUCAAGUAUCAAAAGUGGCUGCCAUAUAUUUGAAGCAUUUGAUCCCUGGGCUGUUUGCUUAUGGCUUCAUACAAUGCAUCCUCAGGUUUCUUCAGACACAGACUGUCAUUAUACCACUAGUUAUAUGCUCAGUGAUUCCAUUAGCCAUUCAUGUCGGCGUCACAUAUACAUUGGUUGUCCUCACACCUCUGGGAUUCAGGGGAGCACCAUUGGCAGCUGCCAUAUCACUAUGGAUAUCAUUUCUAAUGUUGGCUCUCUAUGUGAACUAUGCCGAUAAAUUUAAGCAUACAUGGGAAGGGUUUUCAAAGGAAUCAUUCCGCUACAUACUUCCAAGCUUGAAGUUAGCAGUUCCUUCUGCUGUUAUGGUCUGCUUGGAGUACUGGGCUUUUGAAAUUUUGGUGUUAAUAGCAGGAUUGAUGCCUAAUUCAGAAACCAGCACAUCACUGAUAGCAAUGUGCGUGAAUACGGAAGCUGUCACAUACAUGAUUACUUAUGGUUUCAGUGCUGCUGUUAGCACACGAGUGUCAAAUGAAUUGGGAGCUGGUAAUGCAGAUCGAGCAAAGAAUGCUAUCGCAGUGACCCUUAAGCUCUCUAUCUUUCUGGCUCUUACAGUUAUUCUAGCCUUGGUAUUUGGUCACAAUAUAUGGGCAAGCUCCUUCACCAGUAGUCCUAUAAUAAAGAGAGAAUUUGCUUCCAUGACCCCAUUGCUUGCUGUCUCCAUAUUAUUUGAUUCAGCUCAGGGCAUUUUAUCAGGGGUGUCCAGAGGAUGUGGUUGGCAGCACUUGGCAGCAUGGACCAACUUGGCAACUUUCUAUGGUAUUGGCACGCCAAUAGCACUUCUCCUGGGUUUUAAGAUGGGAUUAUAUGCUAAGGGAUUGUGGAUUGGUCUGAUCUGUGGUCUCUCCACCCAAGCAUGCAGCCUACUAGUUAUUACAGUUCGCACAAAAUGGGAAAAAAUUAAUCUCUGUGUGGAGAAUGGUAAAGCCAAACCAGUGCUGGUCUAACUCUAUAUGGGUGAUAAUAGAUUAAUGCCUCAGAAUACAAGCUUGGUUGUAGUAGUUCAAACAAGAUAUGCACGCGAUAGGAUACAGAAGCCAGAGAUUGAGAAGUGAUAGCU